GGCGUUUCCUUUGUGUAGUGGCCUAUACAUUCAAGAUGGGCAGCAAUAGAAAGGAACACAGUAUAUAUAUCAGCGGGCUACGGUUUAUGUUGGGCUUACUUCUGAUUGGACAGUAGAGUGAAAGAGCUGAUCUAAUAUUGGCCCGAUAUUUGCAACAGUGUAUUUUUUUUAAAGAGAAUAGAGAUUAGCUUGCUGAUGGGAUACGAAUGCUGCAUCUACAAACUGUAAUUACUAUAAUCAUAAUCAUAGACAAUGGAAAGUUUGUGUGAAAAUCAGAAUUCUCAGAGCUCUGACAUAAUGUCAGAGAUAAAAGCACUGGCACAGGAAGAUAAUGCAAAUGCUUCAAAAAAAGAGGGCCUUGGACAAGGUGAUAACUUCUGUAAUGAAAUCCUUGAUCAGAAUACACUGAAGGAGAACUCAAAGGAAACGUCUGGGGAGGUUGGUUACGAAGCUAAUAACUCAAUUGGUGAUGGGGCAUCAGCUGUAGAGGCAGAGAGCAAAAGAGAUGGGGAAAAAGAAACUGCAAUUUUGGAUGUGGCAGUGGAAAAGGGUAUUUUGAAUGAAGAGAACACAGAUCUGACUGAAAACAAAUCUUUAGAAGAUACAGAGAAGGGAGAUCGAGAUUCAGAUGUGAGAAAAUCUGGUGACAGCCAGGAUGAAAAGAAUGAUGAGCCAUCAAAUACAGUGGAAGAAUUGCAGGAUGUGGAGAACUUUAGUAUCAGUAAUGAUGACCAAGAAUCUCAAGCAGCAGAUAUUAUUGCAGAUCAAGACUUGCAAGAUGAGCAUGUCAGCUUGAAUGAAGCAACAAACAUGGAUGUAGAGGAGACAGGUAGCAUUACUACUAAUGCUGAGCAGGAAGCCUGUAAGGAAGAUGAGAAAAUGAAUUUGGAUGGUAAGGACAAGGAAGUAUCUAUCUCUGAAAUGCCAGACAAGGUCACAGAGGGUGACUUAGAAGAACAUUUAAGUCAAGAUGAUGAAGUGUGUAUGAAUCCAAGUGAAUCAAAUGCUAAUCCAAUGGCAGAGGAAGAGUCCAGCAUGAAUGUUAGUGAAGAGGCAGAGUGUGAACAGUCGAUGGAUGGGGAGGAUCAGGACAUGCAAAUGGAGAACACUGAGAAGGAUGGGGGUGAAACAAUGGAUGUUAGUAUGGCCAAUGUAGAUAUACAUGGUGGCGGUGAUGAGUCCAUGGAGGUUGCCAGCCCCAGUGAUCAAGAUCCGAUUGGUCUUAUGAAUGAUUUGGAGGUUAAUGAACAGAUGGAUGUUAAUGAGUCUUUGGAUGAGAGUGGAAAACCUGAGGAUGAAAUGGAAGACAGGAUGAAAAAUGAUGAAACAGGAGAUAAUUCAAAACAGAUGGUGGAAACAGAUGAGAGUACAAAGCAGGCUGAAUCAGAAGACAGUACUACAAACCAAAGUGAAGGAAAUGAAAGUGUUGCAAAGGAGAAAGAUAGUGAACAUGCAGAAGGAUCAGAUAAACCCGAAGGUAAAGAGAGCAUUGAUGACAAUGUUGAAAGCAAAGUUGAAGAAGCACCAUUUGAAAAGGAAAAGGUUGUUGGUGAAGCUGAAGAAAGUGGCUCUGGUGAAACUGCAGAUGAAGUGAAAGAAAAUCUUGAAACUGCCUUACCUGAUAAAGAUGAUACAGACACUACUGAAGGAGACAGUAAAGCCUUGAAUGAAGUGUGUGGCAAAGAUAAAGAUGAGGAAGAACUGUGUAUAAUACCUGAUACUGUGUUAAAAGUGGGGGGGAAGGAUGGUGAUAAAUCAGAUGAGAAGGAUUCACAAGAAAACAGUCAUACAAUUAGUGAAAAGUCAGCUGUUACAGAAGUUGCAGAGAAACCUAAGCCUACAAGAAAGAGCAGCAAUGCAGAGAAAAGAUCUGAGUCUUCAUACAUAGCUCCAGUUGAGCCUGUGGUAGAGUACAGACACUCAAGACCACAACGACAGGCAGCCAAGAGGGCUGAAACCCAAAUCAAGGAAUUAGCAGAAGAAGAUUCCAAUUCUAAUGAAGGGUUUGGAGAUGGACUACCCGAUGAUGUUAUUGAAGUUGAUGCAAGUACUCAGAUGUGCUUCCAGUGCUGUCGACUCCGUACCUGCAGAUUUCAAGUGUAUGUUGGUGGCAAAGGUAGAUACCUCUGUCAGGAAGAAUGUUACAAUGCAUUCCGUAAACAUGGUGGUCUCAAAUCAAGACUGGGUUUGAUGAUGAUUAAUGACAAAGGCAAACCAGGGAGCUUUGACCCAGACAGGUCAUUCAUAAGGAAGUGUUCACAGUGCAGUAGUGUGAUAACAGGGGAUGAGAAAAAUCUUUCAUGGGAAACAAUGGACUUCUGCAGUGAAGAGUGCUUAGGCAAGUACCAGACAGCAUUGGGCUCACAUUGUGCCAAUUGUAAAGGAUCUGUUCAGCCAGUGAGCCUAGGGAAGUACUGUGUUCGUUUUGGGUAUGACAUCAAGCAAUUCUGCUGCAGCACUUGUCUGGAGGAGUUCAAGAAGGGCCUAAAAGUAUGCAGCUACUGCCAAAAGGACAUCUCCAGUGGAGUAGAGGGCUUUCUUGCACCUGUUGGUGACAAGGGCCAAUUUAAGGAUUUCUGUACACAAGCAUGCAUGGAAAAGUAUGACCAGAUGAGCAAUAACCAACCCCCACCAGUAGUGAUGCAUCAGUGUGCAGUGUGUAACAACGAGAAGGUUGUGAAAGUAGAAGUUAUCUUGGACAACAAAUUGCACAAGCUCUGCAGUGAGCCAUGCUUUGCAGCUUUCAAAUUUGUUAACAAAGUCAAUGCUGAUCAUUGCGACAUGUGCAAGAAGUAUUUUGACAAAUCCAAAACUGAGAUUUAUUCUGUGUAUUAUGAUGAUGCCCCACACAGUUUCUGUUGCAAGACGUGCAUGAAUGUGUACAUACUGGCAAACAGGAAGAUUGUUCCCUGCAAUUGGUGCAAGGUGAAAAAGUACAACUUUGACAUGAUAAAGAGGGUGACAGCAAAUGGCCAGGUAUUGAUGAUGUGUUCAUUGAACUGCUUGACAUUAUAUCAGGUUUCAGUCAAUGCUGUUUCCUCAAAACGAAUCAAAUGUGACUUGUGUAAUUCAGUGGCCCAGGCACAGUACCAUCUCACGAUGUCUGAUGCAACAAUUCGUAACUUCUGCUCAUAUCAGUGUGUGAUGUCAUUCCAAGGGCAGUACUCCAAGAAUGCUCCCAUCUCGUUCUCUGGUAAUGAACCGGCUCCAAUACCAACAGGUGGGCCCAAACGAGUGUAUCCCAGACGAUCUGUUCCACUUACACAGAAUGAGAAUCAGUUGUCCACCAACAAGACAGCGGGUACUCCAUCUCUGCCUGUCAUCUCAAAUGUGACGUCACUUGCCACUCCUAACGGUCAACAGGUGCCCAGUCCAAAUAGUGCAGGUAUCACAACAAGAUCAUCCACAGUCAAGGUGAAUAAUAAUAAUAAUAACAAUAAUAUUGCAACACCACAAUCUGGGAAGACUACUCCUAUGAUGUACAAGCAGCAGGUCAUUGUGAAGCCGCCUUCCCCCAAACAAAUGAGGAACAAAUCAGUCUUGUGCAAGCCGUACAUGCACACCAAGGGAGUGUCCUGCCGACCCCAUCCUUGCACCAAGGAAACUCAAACAGAGGACACCAUGGGCAAGAAAGUGUUGAUUCCAGUGCCUGUGCCCAUCUACGUGCCAGCCCCCAUGCACAUGUACAGCAGCCCAUAUCCAGUGCCAGUACCAUUUCCACUGCCUGUGCCAGUACCAAUUUUUAUCCCCACCACAAGGAACUCUGCUCAUGGCAUCAUGAAAGAAAUCAAACGAAUUCAAGAGAAGAUACCAACAGACCCAUUUGAGGCGGAGUUGCUGAUGAUGGCCGAGAUGGUAGCUGGUGAGAAAAAGGGUGAUAACUCUGACUCUGACAGUGACGAUGGUGGAAAUGGUGCCGGCGAUGUUAGUGAGGUUCCAGGAGGAAGUUCUGCUGCUGAAGGAGGAUUUAGCCCAGAAGCCGUUGACACAAGCAACACCUUUGGAGAAGAUAUGCUGCAGAUGGCUCUCAAAAUGGCAUCAGAAUUAGAGGAGCCUGCAGUGGAUUUGGAGGCUGCCCUAACUCCGUCUACAAUCACAGCACAAUCACAGACUUCCAUGGAACAGAAUGAUGCAACAGAGUCUGAAGUAGAUGAUCCUGAGCCAGUCCAAGCAUUGCCAGAGACACGAGCCAAUCGAGGAAGGAAACGGGGUGUCCGAUCAACCAGAGGAGUUGGCAGUGUACCAAGUAAGCGAGGGAGGAGAAUCAGCAGCUCAGUUGAUAUUCCUCUGUUACCACCACCUGAGCCACAGCCACCUCCACGAGUUGAACAAGAGAAACCUGAUGCAAACAUGUGUCUCAAGUAUACAUUCGGCGUGAAUGCUUGGCGGCAGUGGGUGAUGGCAAAGAAUGCUGAGCUUGAGAAAGCUGCCUCCAACAACAGGAAACUUAAGUUGUUCAAACCUGAGAUUCUUCAGUUAACGGCAGAUGAACUCAACUACUCUCUCUGCCUAUUUGUCAAAGAAGUUAGGAAACCUAAUGGCAGUGAAUAUGCUCCAGAUACAAUUUAUUAUCUUUGUUUAGGCAUCCAGCAAUAUUUGUUUGAAAAUGGGAGAAUAGAUAAUAUCUUCACAGAUUCGUAUUAUGAUGUAUUUACGGAGUGUUUAGACGAAGUGGCCAAGAAGUUUACAGCCCUGUACAAUGACUCACAAUAUAUAGUUACAAGAGUAGAGGAGGAGCACCUCUGGGAGAGCAAGCAGCUUGGAGCACACUCCCCACAUGUACUGCUAAGCACACUCAUGUUUUUCAACACCAAGCAUUUUAACCUAACAACUGUUGAAGAACAUAUGCAGCUUUCCUUCUCACACAUCAUGAAACACUGGAAGAGAAAUCCAAAUCAGCCAGGUGUUACAAAAGUACCGGGCAGCUCUCGGAAUGUUCUUUUAAGAUUCUAUCCACCUCAGUCUGCACUUGAGGCCAAUGCAAGAAAAAAGAAGGUUUAUGAACAGCAGGAGAAUGAAGAGAACCCUCUGAGAUGCCCUGUCAAGUUAUAUGAGUUCUACCUAUCAAAAUGUCCAGAGAGCGUGAAGACACGGAAUGACGUGUUCUACUUGCUGCCAGAACGAUCAUGUGUACCAGAUAGUCCCGUAUGGUACUCAACAAUGGCACUGGGCAAGGAACCCCUCAUCAAAAUGCUGCACAGAGUCAAGAUGGUUAAAGAAAUAAAUAUUGCAUUACUCACAAGCUAAAUUUCACUGUCCCCCUUUCCUUCCCCAUUCCUUGGGCUUAGCAAGUGUCAUGUACAAGGGACCAAGAUGUGGUGACAAUGGCAAGUGCGGUAUUUAUAUAAGCAGUGCAGUGUCAGUGGAUCUGUUAAGCCCAUAAGUGACAAACCUUGAGGAUCUCAUGAUGCUGUUGACAGCAAUGCUACAGGUUCCAUGAAUGUGGACAGUGUGGUGGCAUUAUAAAAAGAGUAUUUGCUCCUCAUAGUAAGUGUACAAACUGUUGUCUGCACGGACACCUUUUUUUAUUGUUUACAUAUUUGAGAUCUUCAUAUUAAGUUCUUUUGUACAUAAUUUGCAAAAAAGCAUAAAAAGAGGCAUUUUAGAGUGACAUCCUUCUUCUGUGAACAUACUCUUAGGAGGAGAGAUGGUUGCACCUACAUGUCUGUUAAAAUAAUAGUCUGUUUUCAGAUUCCUGUUAUUGUAAAUAUGGUUAUGAAAUGUAGGUGUAUGAUUUUCAGCCAGUAUGCAGUCGGGUGCCAGUGACUUCAGUUGUGAAGAAAGUUAAACUUUCCUCAUAGGAAUAUGUUGUCAAGAUGUUUUGUAGUACCUUAUCACAGAAUCACAGUUUUGUGGUAGUCAUUGAAACUAAAUAUAUGAAAUAAGACACACUAAGGUUCUUAAGACUUUAAAAACUUCAGGCUUCCAGAUAUUUGGCAGUCAUACUUUUACUGUUAAUGAAUGAGUGAUGCUCUUACAUGAAUACUGUAUUUAUCCAGCUGUACAUGUUUUUCUAGUUUUAUUGCCAUUUAUAAAUAGGAGGGGACUGUCUUCUGUUUGCAAAUAACAGUUACAUAAAAAGCAAACUUGAUUCAACAGCUUUUGGGGAAAAGAGGCAUCUGGUAGCUGUGGUAUAUCUCAACAGUUGCAUUUUCAUGUAAUUUCCAAAUUCAAUAGUUUUACAGUAUCACUACUGUCUUAUGUGCACAUAAUUUACCCAGUUUUGUAUUUUUGGAGCCAGUACUGGCUGCAACAUCCAUUAAAGUAGUUGAUAUAUAUUACAAAUACCAAAAUGUCACAUCGUUUGCAGUGGUUGUUGAGAAUCGAUACAGUAUCACUGCCAAUAUUGAAGACGGUAAUGUUCUAUUUUUUUAAGUGGUAAUGGUAAUUGUGCCUAUCAAACUAAAGUUUAACAAAGUAUGUGAUGUGGUCAGAAGACCAUGUAGAAGCAAAAGGAGCUAGUGCUGCACAGAUUCAUUCAUUCUCACAAAUUGAAAAUUAUAAUUUUAAUGUAAUGAUCAUCAGAUACUCUGAAGUGACUAAUAAUUGUUGAGUUCUAUGAAAUUUCAAGGCCAGUGUGGGGUUAUGGAAGGAGAGGUGCAAAUUCCACUGGAAGAAAACUAUGUGGACUUAAAAAAGUUCAAGUAACAUCAGUUUGAUAAAUACGGUACUUCCUACAUACCACAGAUGCUGACAGAUUGUAAAUAUGACGACUGUUGUCCUAACAAGUAUCAAGUGCAUGGUUGCCUACUUUCAACUCUUCACUACUAUUUACUUUGCCCAAAAUAAAUUUUUGUUUUACCAA